CCAAAACCAGUUGCCGCUGGAUUUGAGAUUCAUUUUUUAAACUAUUAACUAUCCCUCUAACAAUGGCUCCUGUUACCCUUCAAAUGUAUCUGCAAGAUGUUACUAAUUGUAUCAAUAAUCGAAACGGUAGAGGAUUGAGUCACUACCUUAUGUGUAGUGAUCCUCAUGUAUAUAAUUCUCGUCUAGCAGUGCCAGACCCAGAAAAUAUUGCUGUGUCAUACCUUGUAUCACCUUGGGAUGAGAUAGUUUCUGCUCAUGUGAGAUGUAUAUGGGCAAUGCGUAACCGUGAUUUCGAAGAAGCCUAUGCUUGUCAAAUAGUAUUAGUAAAGACUGUUGCCAAAGCACUCUCUGAAUUAAAAGAUGACAACUGGAUUUUACCUGUUGUACAUGUAGCUGCUAUUGAUUUAAGAAGGUUCGCUCACGGUUUGGACUCAAGAUUCACACCACAAUCGGAUAGUUUUCGAAAUCAAGGAAGAAGGAUGGAAAAUGCUGCUCAACUUAUUUUAAGGCUAUUUCAAAUAUGUGCAAGCGAUAGUCGUGCACAAGUUGAAGAUUCGAAAAAACUGGGUAUGAUGGGUUUAGCCAAUCAACUGUUUAAAAUUUACUUCCAGAUUAACAAACUGAAUUUAUGCAAAUCUAUGAUCCGCGCAAUCGAUAAUUUAAGUAUGAAUGAUCAUUUUAGUCUGGCACAACGUGUAACGUAUUGUUAUUAUGUUGGAAGAAAAGCAAUGUUUGACGGUGAUUUUGUGUCUGCCGAUAAAUCACUGACUUUUGCUUUUGAGCGUUGUUUAACGACGAAAUGGAAUAACAAACGUUUAAUAUUGAUUUAUUUAAUUCCUGUAAAAAUGUUACUGGGAGUACUACCCAAAGAAAGUCUUUUAUGUAAAUAUAAUUUGAAACAAUUCCAAGACAUUGCUGAUUCAGUCAAAACAGGAAAUUUACGUAAAAUGGACUCUGCCUUAGAAGAGCACGAAGCCUUUUUCCUAUCUUGUGGUGUAUAUUUGAUAUUGGAAAAGCUCAAGUUGACUGUUUAUCGAAGUUUAUUUAAACGAGUUUGUCAUAUUAUGAAGACACAUCUACUACCGAUUGAAGUGUUUACAGCUGCACUACGUUUAAUGGGAUUUUUCUUGAGGAAAAGGCAUUAAUAUAACCGAAUGGAUUGGUCUGGUAAUACGGAUAAGUUUCACAUAAAAACAUACAAAUACACAGCCAAUAUGAUAACUCGCUUGAAUAUUUUGUCCUAUUGAACCAUGAGAAUAUCAAAAGACAACACCUGAUCUGUAAUUGUGAAGAAGAAUAAUCCAUUUAAACUACUACUUUUCAUGUACAUUUUUUAUAAAUCUAAAAUUACAGUGGCAAUAUGAUUUAAAUGAUUUAAUACUGAUUAGUACAACGCCAAAUUGUGUUUCAGUAUAAAUAAAAUCUAGAAUGGAUAAAUUUUCACCUCAUCAAAUAACAAUAGUCUAGUAUGUUUACUUCUAACCUAGCCAGUUCUUGUUGGAAAUCUAGCUAUGUCGAAGACUAUUUUCAUCAUACAAAGGUAUCCAUUAGAGAAGUAUUGAAUUGUGUUUCUUUCUGAUUUCCAGUUUAUUCAUAAAAUAUAUUUGCUAAAUGGUUUCUGGAAUGGACCUUCUUUUUCCCCAAGAUUUUCAGAGUAGAUAAACUUAAUUUAAAUCAGUUUGUAGAUAUCGAUUACCAAUAAUUUUCUACUACUUACCUGUAUAAUACAUGCAUCCAUCUCUUAAGUUAUCAUCUGUGACUAUUCAUUGUUCAUGUUACCUGGUAAUUCACGUAAAGGUCUCUAAAAUAAUUCACUGAUAAACACUUAUUACUGAUUAUUCAUUUUGCUCUAAAACUAAAUUAAUAUCAGUUGUUAGAUUUCAAUCGUGUAGCGACUACGUUUCUUCUAAAAAUGAAAAGUAAUGUAUUUCAUCCUGGAAGUGAUCAAAAAAUGUAUCGCAGUGGCUAAUCUGCUACUAGUAUAUUUAUCGUGUGCCGUUUUCAUUCAUAUCAGCUGGUGGAUAUUUUUUUUUCUCAAUCUGUUUUCAAUGUUAAUAUGACUGUGUUGAUGCUAAGGUUCCCAACCAUAAUCACUUGGUUCGUUGAAAAUAUCUAUUCUUCUUAAAUGAUAUCCAAAGAAAAAACUUGUUAAUUUCACUGACGUGAUUUAUUCAUUUCUGUUAAUUAGUAUUUAGUAUGUCAGUAGCUAUAUUUCAACUUCCAUCAUACCAUACACAAUGUACAUGUUCCUAAUUCAUAUGACAUCUUGUUUUAAAAUUACAUAGACUUUAUAAAGUCCUCAAACUAGACGUUUACUUAACAAUUUGUUCAGAAACUUUCAAAUAAGUGCAUAAUAUAUUUAGUAUGAUUGUUGCAUCUUCUAUAAAAAAGGUUAAUUUUAAAGUCGAAACUAAUCACUUCAUCACUAAAUGGCUUUAUUGUACAGCAAAACGUCGAAUUGAGGGAUUUAACUUGACACACUAAUAUUAUUAUUCACUGAACAAUUAUUUCAGAAAAUCGUUUCAUUGUGAUAAACACAAAUGAACAGUCAUUCGAUAAUAUAUAACUUUUACUUUUAUCCUUGGUUAAUCAUUCGUCGUUCUAUGAGUAACUUAGUCAACAGACUAUCGUGAUUAAAUAUUUUAAGCAUAAGUGUCAGCUUAAAUUCUUUUAAUAUAUGUUCAUACAUUCUCAGUCAGUUCUAUCAUUUGAAAUCUUUUACAUUAAGAUCCAAGGAUCGGUCCCGCCACUUUAGUUACGUUAUUGAAUCUAUCAAACUUGCAUGAUCUUUUUAGAAGUCUGAUUAGUUCAAAUCUAUUUACUAUGUAACAAUUUCUUAUUUGAACAGGUUGAAGAUAUAGAUCCAGACGAAACAGAGUGUAUUCUGGCCAAUCUCAUUCAUGAAGGAAAAAUCAAAGGUUAUCUGGCACAUCAACAACAUAAACUAGUUGUUAGCAAAUUGCAACCAUUUCCUCCGCUUACAAGUAGUAUGGCUAGCAGUUUAAAAUGAACUUCUAUCCAUCAUACUGGAUUAUCUCAUCAAUGUUACUAUUUUAUACAAACAAAUAUUUUGUACAAAGUUUACCAAAUCUAAUUGUAAAGUGUAUAAAUACAUUUUUUUCAUGAUU